AUGUGAGCUUUUAGUUGAAUCCAGUAAUGAAAGAAGAAUGCUUUGAACUUUGAAAUUGAUUGAUUAGGCCAUUAUUUCCGCUAUAAAAACGCUAAUCAUGACUGCCACACUUACAAAUGGAGAACAAAAGGAGCAUUUAUACAAAGUUCUAGUUAUAGGCGAAUUGGGAUCAGGGAAAACUUCUAUUAUUAAACGAUACGUUCACCAAUUCUUCUCUCAACAUUACAGGGCUACAAUUCUAUUCUUUAAAGUAUCAAUAGUCUGGGAAUUUAUUAUAGUUUUAAAUAGAAUCUUCCUUAAAUCUAUUUGGAUCGGUGUAGACUUUGCUCUGAAGGUGAUCAAUUGGGAUGCAGAUACCGUUAUUAGGUUACAAUUGUGGGAUAUAGCAGGUCAAGAGAGAUUUGGGAAUAUGACAAGAGUUUAUUAUAAAGAAGCUGUUGGUGCUUUUGUUGUAUUUGAUAUUACUAGGGCAUCUACUUUUGAAGCCGUCCAAAAAUGGAAAAGUGAUUUGGAUUCAAAGGUUCAGCUACCAGAUGGAAGUCCUCUACCAUGCGUUCUUUUGGCGAAUAAAUGCGAUCAAAAUUCAAGAGAUGGCAUUGUGAACGAUCACGACGCUAUGGAAGAGUAUUGCAGAGAGAGAGGUUUUGCAAAUUGGUUUGAAACAUCAGCAAAGGAAAAUAUUAAUAUUGACGAAGCUGCUCGGUGUCUAGUUACUAAAAUUCUACAAAAUGAUAGCGCUAUGGAAUAUGGACAAGAUCACGGCUACGGGGACCAAAUAGUGCUUGAUGGAAAGCCACCAUCACGUAAUUUACCGAGAUCGAAAAAUAACAAUUGCUGCUAA